AUGGUGUACAAACCGCCCGGUACCUCAAACUCUUCCCGUGGGGUCUCACCACCGCGCCAUCCACCGGGGACAAUGCAUUCGUCCUCGUCAUCGUCGUCCUUACAGCGCGGUACCGGUGCCGGAUCACAGUCGCUUUCCAACCUGAACAACUUCCGCGAAACCCAACGGAAAAGCCGAGGGAGACCAGCAGAUUCAUACGCGAACGGUAGCUUACGCAAGCAGAUCAACAACGCAGGAGGACCAACGGACCGAGCCACCGGAACGUCUGGUGGAAUGAAGCGUUCGAAUAGUCUCAACAAUAAGUACAACAACUCGACUGCUCAGGCUCGCCGCUCGAACAGCACCGAACGGAUGAACAACGGCAAGGUGUACCGCGGUCGAAGUCCUUUGCGGAACUCCACCUCAAACCUAAGCUCAACCGGCGGCAAUGCCACCGGAGUUCGCAACCAAGCGGUCCUGAUUCGCUCCAGAGGAAAUGAUAUCGGAAGCAUGGAUAAUUUGGAUAAUAUCACUCAAGCAUCCACAGGCAGCAGUAACUCGAUGCCAGGAACUCCGGAGGAUAACAUCAACGUAGUGGUUCGUGUCCGUCCGCUAAACACGAAGGAGGCAAGACAUGGAGACGAGAUGGUUGUACAGUUUCCUGGAAAUGGGCAAAUACUGUGUGACGGAAUUCCUCUGGGUUCUGGUGCUGCCGGGCAGAAACCGAAGCUGUUCUCGUACAACGUUGUUUUUGAGCCAGGUGCCACGCAAGACGACGUGCUGCAGUACUCCGGCAUCAAGCGACUUAUCGAAAUGGCCAUAGAAGGAUUCAGCUGUACGGCGUUUUGCUACGGACAGACCGGAUCAGGAAAAACACACACGCUCACGGGACCCCCGGAGUUGUUUUACCAUAAACCUGAUCCAGCUCACGAGGACCAUGGGUUGGUAUUUCGUUCGUUUCUGUACCUAUUCAAGCUGCUACAAGAGCGUAAAGACACGAACUUCAUCCUGAAGGCGUCCUUUCUCGAGAUCUACAACGAAAAGGUGAUAGAUCUUCUAAAUCCUGGUACGGCAAGAAAACCGCUCGCCGUGCGGUGGUCGAAAAAAUCCCGAGGGUUUUUUGUGGAAAACCUCUUUACCGUCGAUUGCGAGGAGCUGGACGAUCUGCUAGCGGUUCUGGAGGAAGGCAUGCGAAAUCGACACGUGGGGGCACACCUGAUGAAUGAUUACUCCUCGCGAAGCCACACCAUCCUGACGGUGCACAUCACGUCCGAACAGCAGGCCGAAGGAGGCGUGUUCAUUUCGAAACAGGGCAAAAUUAACUUCGUCGAUCUGGCGGGUAGCGAGAUGACGAAGAAGACCCACAGCGAGGGCAAAACGCUCGAGGAGGCUAACAACAUUAACAAGAGUCUGAUGGUUUUGGGAUAUUGCAUCGCAUCACUAAGCGACUCGAAAAAGCGCUCUGGCCACAUUCCUUAUCGGGACAGCAAGCUGACGAAGCUUCUGGCGGAUAGUUUGGCGGGAAACGGCGUUACGCUGAUGAUUGCUUGCAUUUCGCCCGCUCAUUCGAAUGUAACCGAAACAGUUAACACGCUGCGUUACGCGGCGCGCGCCAAACGUAUCCGUACGAAGCCCAUCAUCGUGAUGGACCCACGGGAAGCCCUUAUCCUGAGCUUGAAGCGAGAAAUCGGCGCCCUGCAGGUGGAGAACGAACACCUGCGGACGGCACUCAAUCUGCAGUCGGAAGCGCAGGACAUCAACAGUCAGGUGGAUCUGCUAGAGCGAAGACCAAUACCUCGAACACCACCGAAGGUGGACCUCGAGAAGCUGACCGACAUGGAGGGUAACGAGCUGAAGGAGCUGGUGAAGGUGUACGUCGUGGAGAACCAGGCGCUGCGACAGGAAAACUCGGAGCUGUAUUCGACCCGGGAAAUGAUCAUCAGGGAUCAGGAGCUGGUGUGUCGAGAGAACGAGCGAUUACUGAAGAAACUGGAGGACGUAAACUCCGUAUGCUGUCGUUCUCCCAUCAUACCAGCACGGCCAACAUUUUCGGCGGAAAUGCUCAAUCUGUCCGCGGCAAGUGGCGAUGCGGAGGUGUCGAAUAUCUGGCGAAAUCCGCUCAGCUCCAGCGCAGAUAGCAUGUCUCGGUACCGCAACGAAUCCCUGGAUGGGCGUGUGUCGGCGAAUGAGAACAAAAUUCCCGACUUGCUGCAGAAGGAAUUGGACAAGCGUCGCAUUGGCGAUAGCAUCAACACCAUUGCUAAUAACUUGAAGCGCAACAAUUCGUGGGACAAUGCCAACCGAACAAACGGGAUGGGCCAAGGACCAAAACUUGCCUCUCGCAAAGGCUCCGCCGACAGUCGCCAUUCGGACCCAAGCCAAGUUCGAACGAGUCAGACAAGGAUCAUAGACCUCACGCAAUUCCGCUAUCCGAUGGCGGGCUCCAGUGGUGUGUCUCAGCCACCCUGGAGACAUUCAGCGCAAAGGGCAUCAAGUGCUCAGAAACCACCAUCGCCAAUGUUUCUACGGAAACAACCAAACCUGCUCACAAAGAGCAGAUCGACGGAAGAAGGUCUCCUACCGCUGAGGCGAAACGUGUUCGGUAGUAUCGUGUCCCUCGACGCUGUAAGCGACGUUUCGCGGGUCUGA